AUGUCGGAAACUGCACCUGCCGCUCCUGCUACAGCCUCCCCCGCUGAGAAGACGCCAGUCAAGAAGAAGGCCCGCAAGUCUGCAGGCGCUGGGAAGCGCAAGGCGUCUGGGCCCCCGGUGUCCGAGCUCAUCACCAAGGCGGUGGCCGCUUCCAAGGAACGCAGCGGCGUGUCUCUGGCUGCGCUCAAGAAAGCCCUGGCUGCUGCCGGCUAUGAUGUGGAGAAAAACAACAGUCGCAUCAAGCUGGGUCUGAAGAGUCUGGUGAGCAAGGGCACUCUGGUCCAGACCAAGGGCACCGGCGCCUCUGGCUCCUUCAAGCUCAACAAGAAGGCAGGUUCCGGUGAGGCCAAGCCCAAAGCCAAGAAAGCCGGCGCAGCCAAGGCUAAAAAACCUGCGGGCGCAAAGAAGCCUAAGAAGGUAACUGCAGCCACCCCUAAGAAGAGUACAAAGAAAACCCCUAAGAAGGCAAAGAAGCCCACUGCUGGAGGGGUAAAGAAAGUGGCCAAAAGUCCGAAGAAGGCAAAGGCAGCGAAACCCAAGAAGGCGGCCAAGAGUCCAGCUAAAGGCAAGGCCCCUAAGCCCAAGGCAGCCAAGCCAAAACCAAGCAAGCCCAAGAAGGCAGCCCCCAAGAAGAAGUAA